UAUAAGGAGGUAUUUAUGCAGCCUCGUAAGCCCGGUCGCCUCUUUAAAAGCGCGUGCGACACAAAGCCGCAUCACCCAGCGCUCUUCCCACUCGAUCCGCUCGCACGGACCUGCCGCACCUACUUCUCAUCACGCUCUUGUGGUUAGCACCGAUCAACCGGCACUAUGAUGGACGAUGAGAUCGCAGCGCUCGUGGUGGACAACGGCUCCGGCAUGUGCAAGGCCGGCUUUGCCGGGGACGACGCACCCCGUGCAGUCUUCCCAUCCAUCGUGGGGCGACCCCGCCACCAGGGCGUGAUGGUUGGCAUGGGCCAGAAGGACUCGUACGUGGGUGACGAGGCACAGAGCAAGCGUGGUAUCCUUACCCUCAAGUACCCCAUCGAGCACGGCAUUGUCACCAACUGGGACGACAUGGAGAAGAUCUGGCACCACACCUUCUACAACGAGCUGCGCGUGGCACCCGAGGAGCACCCGGUCCUGCUCACUGAGGCCCCCCUCAACCCCAAGGCCAACCGUGAAAAGAUGACCCAGAUCAUGUUCGAGACCUUCAACACCCCGGCCAUGUACGUGGCCAUCCAGGCCGUGCUGUCUCUGUACGCGUCCGGCCGCACCACCGGCAUCGUGAUGGACUCUGGUGACGGCGUGUCGCACACGGUGCCCAUCUACGAGGGCUACGCGCUGCCCCACGCCAUCAUGCGCCUCGACCUGGCCGGUCGCGACCUCACCGACUACCUGAUGAAGAUCCUGACGGAGCGCGGCUACUCGUUCACCACGACGGCCGAGCGUGAGAUCGUGCGCGACAUCAAGGAGAAGCUCUGCUACGUGGCGCUCGACUUCGAGCAGGAGAUGGCCACCGCCGCGUCGUCCUCGUCGCUCGAGAAGAGCUACGAGCUGCCCGACGGGCAGGUCAUCACCAUCGGCAACGAGCGCUUCCGCUGCCCCGAGGCUCUCUUCCAGCCGUCCUUCCUCGGCAUGGAGUCUGCCGGCAUCCACGAGACGACGUACAACUCGAUCAUGAAGUGCGACGUGGACAUCCGCAAGGACCUGUACGCCAACACCGUGCUGUCCGGAGGCUCCACCAUGUACCCUGGCAUCGCCGACCGCAUGCAGAAGGAGGUGACUGCCCUGGCGCCCCCGACGAUGAAGAUCAAGAUCAUCGCUCCCCCCGAGCGCAAGUACUCCGUGUGGAUCGGAGGCUCGAUCCUGGCGUCGCUGUCCACCUUCCAGCAGAUGUGGAUCAGCAAGCAGGAGUACGACGAGUCUGGGCCCUCCAUCGUCCACCGCAAGUGCUUCUAGACGGGCACCGCCACAGCGGACCAAAGAGCCACCCAUCCUGUUAUUUCCCCCCCCCCCCUAAUCUCUCCAAACGCAACGCCCCCCCCUCACCCGCUCCAUCCCCCUCCCCCUUUGGCCCCCGGCACCCAAUUUGACAUUGUGACGGGAAAAAAAAACUUUCUGCCGAAAUGGUUUUUUCGCUUUUGCUUUUUAAAGUGGGGGGAAAAGUGACAACCGCAGAUUUGGUGGAAAGUUGGUGGCUGGCGGUUUGGCUGCCGUUUUGAGGGUUUUUCGUCUCUGCCAAAAAAUGUUACUGGAAACUGCCCUUUCCACUGCCCCACCCCCAUCGUAUCCCCUCUACCCACUCCUGACAAUGCCAGCAGAUCGUGGUAGUCCAAAUCAACUCGCUGCUUUUUUUAAAUGUGGGCGGGGGGGGGGGGUGUUAGGGAGGCCUGUUGGAGAUAGGGUUGCCACCUAUCCUGGUUUAAAAACAAAUCUUUACCAGGACCAUUGAUCCAUUUUAUGGGUUGGGGGUGGAGUGGGGUUGGUAGCAGUCCCCGGAACAUUAAACGUCCAGGUUUGUCGGUUGCAUCGCAACCAACAACGCAGCACUCUGUGACGACACAUCCACGUGCAGCGUUGAUGCGCUUAUUAUUCUUCCUCCCGUGGUGUACCCAUCCUGGUUGGAACCCGGGAGGUGGCAACCCCUAGCGAGCGUGAGAGGAAUGGCGAUGCCAGCUGACGAUGACCGAUCAUCAAUACGAUUUUUGUAAAGCUGUGUCUUUGUUUUAUUAUCUGUUAUUCUUAUUUGUUAUUAUUUGAAUUAGUAUUUAAGUUGUAGUAAAUGCAAAUUCAUCUCCCUGUUGAAUGUUUAUGAACCUGCUGUUUGGGCAACGUCACGCAUAGCCAGGGCUGCCCAGAGGUUCAUGGGGGUGGGGUGAGGUUUGGGGGUGGCAGUGCCACUUUAAGGGGGAGGCCCCUUUCAAGAACCAGGGGGGCAAAUUGCCCCCCCCCCUCCCAUCCACUGAGCAGCCCUCUGUAGGUACCCCCCCGCCCGACUGUCAAUGUGAGCAGCUCCAAAUUUGUUUUAUUUUCUUGGUUUUUGUUUUGAAUCCUAAAAAAACCUGAUGUACAUUUUUGUAGCCGAAAGUUAUUUUUUGUUACUCGCCUUUAAACGUGUAUUGUAAAAUUUGACUGCGGAAACCAUGAGAUUCUUUGUCUGACCAAUGCUCCAGUGCAUGAGACUAUGCAAAUUGUAAGUUGGAAAUAAUAAACGUUUGCAAAGA